AUGCAGUCCUUGCUCCUGCUAUGGGCUCUGCCUCUGCUGGUCACUGUGUCGGCCCAGCAAAGGUACAUGCCCGAGGGGCCCUGGGUCAACCUAUACAGGCAGGGCUUCAACUUCCAGUGCCCCCACGGUCAGCUGAUGGUGGCAAUCAGGAGCUACUAUGGUGCAGAGGAAGGAUCUGACUGCCUCUGGUCUUUUGAGUGCCAGCCCACCCCCCAAGGCAUCGGUGAGGUCGCCGAGUGCUGGUGGGACGACAUCAACCGAGGCGGGAUGGAAUGGCCAUCCACAUGCUCCACCAAUGGCCUUGUGGCAGGGAUUCAGAGCCAGUAUUUCCCUGGGCUUCUGGACCGUGAAUGGCAAUUCUACUGCUGCCGAUACAGCCGCAGGUGCCCAUAUUCCUGCUGGAAGACCAAUGAUGUUCCACAACACUUCAGAGAAGAGGGGGAGAUGGUCAUUCCGAGUUAUGGCUACUUCAUCAGAGGGGCUCAAACCACCUUCAGCGGAGUUCUCAGAGAUCGACAGUGGAAGUACAUCUUAUGCAGAAUGAUUGAUUUUGAUUGUAAAUUUGAAAGUUUCUAAAGGGCAGUUGAUUCAUUUGGAAUAUCUUUCAUAAUACUGGGGUCAAUCUAAGGUCACCUACUCUGCAUGCCUCACAGUAGAAGAAACCCACCCUCUUCUCCUCCAGCCCUCCAAAAUGAGUGACACCUCCUUCUGCUCAGAAAGGAUACAAAUUUGACCUUUCAUAUAUUGUCUGAAAAUAGGAUUUGUGCAUAGA